CCAGCCUUUUUAGAGAAACUGCAAGUUAUACAAUGGGUAGAUGUAGCUGAGCAGAGUUUGACAGCAUUGGAGAUAUUAUCACGUCGCCACAACAAAGCUAUUUUGCAAGCAAAUGGAAUAUCGGCUUGUUUAGUAUAUUUAGAUUUCUUUUCGAUAAACGCUCAAAGAUGUGCAUUGUCAAUAACCGCUAAUUGUUGCCAAAAUCUAAACAAAGAGGAGUUUGAAUUUGUUAGAGAAUCAUUACCGUUACUCGCUCGUUUGCUUUCUCAGCAAGAUAAAAAGAGUGUAGAGAGCAUUUGCACUGCAUUUCAUCGCUUAGUUGAUAGUUUUCAACAUGAUUCUUCUAUUUUACAAUUGAUUGUAAGUAAAGAGUUAUUAAAGAAUUGCCAACAAUUACUUGUGGUAGUACCGCCGGUAUUAAAUUCUGCGACGUUCACUAAUGUUGUUCGAAUGUUGAGUUUGAUAUGUACAAAUUGUCCUGACUUGGCUCUUACUUUAUUAAAAAGCGAUAUUGCAUCAACUUUAUUAUAUUUGUUAACCGGCACUUCAGAAAUUGACAUUAAUAAAGAAGUCGAACUGAUUUCUCGAAAUCCUUCGGAAAUUUAUGAAAUUACAUGCUUAAUAGGAGAACUUAUGCCUCGAUUACCAAAUGAUGGCAUAUUUAACGUUGAUAUAUUACUGGAACGACCCAAUUCAAGUCCACAAUAUACCGUACAGUGGCAAUGGAAAGACGAUAGGAAUAUUUGGCGCUCAUACAAUGCUAUAGAUUCACGUAUGAUUGAAGCAGCACAUUUAAAUUCAGAUGAAGAAAUAACGUUAACCUCCUUGGGGCGCACAUAUACUAUAGACUAUGGCACAAUGACACAAAUUAAUGAAGAUACCGGAACUACCAGAAUGAUACAAAGAAAAUUAAGUCCGUCGAAUCAAAUGUUCCAUAAAGCUAUAUCCAUGCCAUCUAGCAUGCACCAAAAUACAAGCACAGAUGUAUAUUUAGAUGCAGGGUCUUUCUCAAAUGAUGCUCGGAUAUCUUGUCUAAAAGAAGAACGCGGACUUGCAUCUAAUUUCAUUAAAACUUUGUUUUCUGUACUCUACGAAGUGUAUAGUUCAUCUGCUGGUCCAGCGGUUCGGUAUAAAUGCUUACGAGCACUUUUGCGUAUGGUUUACUUUGCUAACACAGAUUUAUUGAAAGAAGUAUUAAAAAUCCAAUUGGUGUCAUCUCAUAUUGCAGGAAUGCUAGCUUCUAAUGAUUUACGUAUUGUCGUAGGGGCUCUUCAAAUGGCAGAAAUUCUUAUGCAAAAGCUACCAGAUGUUUUUGCAAUUAAUUUUCGUCGGGAAGGUGUAAUGCACCAAAUCAAUCUGCUUGCCGAAUCAACUAUGCCUAUUUGUAUUGUACAGUCGCCCAAAUUAGAGACCCUUAGUGCUCCACCAUGUACAUCAUCAGCAAAUACCUCGUUUAAUUUUGAUCAUCAUGCAGUAGCUUCAACCAGUAAAGGACCCAUCGAUAAAACCGAUAUGUUUUCACAAACGAAUAUGUGCUUAUCAGUGCCAUCCACUAGUUCAACUUUAAUCCCGUCAUUGCCAACAACCAAAAAUAAUUCAAGUUCCGCAGCUUAUCAAGGACAUUUAUCAUUUGAAAUGAAUAUUGCAUCAUCUGAUUCAUCUAGAAAAAAGAGCGAAGCUAUGCCAGGGCUACAAAAUGUGAAUAAACCAACCGAAGCUGAUGAUUCAUUAUCAAAAAAUAGAUCAAAUUCAACUAACAGUGAAUCGACUAGCAAUCUUCAUUUAAGAAUGAGUGAUAUAUUGAAAAGAAAAGUGCCGUUAAAACGUGGAAAGUCUGCAACCACCCCCAAUGCUAGACCAAAAGCUGGUCCAGAAGAUCAUCAACGUUCAACAAAUAACGACGUUUCAUCUAGUUUAGACUUACAACAAUAUCAAUCAUCAUCUAUAAUGAAUGAAUUAGUUAAUAAAACUAACCAUUUUGGUGGAUACGGACGCACGAACACAACUAACUCGUCCAUCAAUGGCAAAGCUAAACAAUCCAACACAUCAUCAUCUAAGACAACUUCGUUUUUAGCAUCCCUUAAUCCAGCCAGAUGGGGCCGCUCAGGCUCUCAUAAUAGUUUAUCAAAAGAUCAAGGUACCAAAGAUUAUAAUUUUAUGUCUAACUCUAAUUUGUUGGUUGCCGGAAAUCGUGAGAAAAUACGCCAAUGGAUACGAGAACAAUGCAUUAAAUUUGUAAAGCAAUAUCCAGACCAAGUACUGUUCAGUAACGAACCGAUUUCUUCAGCAUUUUCAAUUUUGAACCGCCUCAAAAAUGCAAUUCAACGCUUAGAUGGUACACUAAAUGAAUGUUUAAACUCCUUGCAAGAGUUACGUGAUAUUUUGAUAGAAAGCGAUAUCUCUCCUUUCGAAGUUAACCAUUCUGGAUUAAUAAAAGCCAUGAUAGAUUUUAUGACUGAUGAAAAUUCAAUUGUUAAUAGAAAUGACCGAUUGCGUGCAUUUUUACAUGUGUUCUCGGGUCUUCCACUUGACGGAAACCAUAAUGGAACAAUUCAUCAAAUAAAUCCAGCUUCAUUUAGUACGUUUGUAGCUAAACUCAAUAGCUGUGUAUCACAAUUAGAACAGUUCCCAGUGAAAGUACACGAUCUCCCUGGUGGCGUUGGAGGACGAUCAAAUACAAGUGCACUUAAAUUUUUUAACACACAUCAACUUAAGUGUAACUUGCAACGUCAUCCGGACUGUAGUAAUUUACGUCAAUGGAAAGGAGGCACUGUAAAAAUUGAUCCUCUUGCUCUCGUACAAGCAAUUGAGCGCUAUCUAGUUAUUCGAGGUUAUGGCGGUAUACGAGUAGAUUCUGAAGAAGAUUCUGAAGAUGAAAUCGAUAACAUUGAUACAGCAACAAUGAUGAAUCAGCAAAACAACACAACGCACAAAUUACAAUUUUUGAUUGGAGACGAGAUUCUACCCUACAAUAUGACAGUUUAUCAAGCAAUUCGACAAUAUUCUCCACUAGCCCAAGAUCUUUCCGAAACCGAGACCGAUACGGAGAAUGCAAUAGGAAACGCGUCCAUUUGGGCUCAACAACAUACAAUAUAUUACCGUCCCGUUCAACAUGGUGCUAAAGCCACAUCCAUUUCUGUGUCCAAUCGCAGAGCUAACAAAUACUGUGUAAGCAAAACUGGAAACAAAAAAAAGACAGAUAAUUGGAGUGAUGGAGUUGUUCCGCCAAUUGUAUCACCGCUUUCUAUUUUUUUAACUCCAAAAUUACCUGAAGUGGUCACCGUACAAGACGCCUCAUUACACGUACUUACGUUGUUGAGAAUCGUAAACGCUCUAAAUAGACAUUGGACUUCGCUGUAUAUUUAUGCUCCUUACAUCAAUAUUAUACCACAAAGUGAGUUUGUGCAUUCAAAAAUUGCUGCUAAAGCAACACGACAGCUUCAAGAUCCGUUGGUCAUAAUGACAGGGAAUUUACCGCAGUGGUUACAACAAAUUUCUGCAGUGUGCCCGUUCCUCUUUCCAUUUGAAACCAGACAAUUAUUGUUCUAUGCUAUAUCAUUUGAUAGAGAUCGUGCCUUGCAAAGACUAUUAGAAACAACACCAGACCUAAAUUCAUCUGAUUCCUCAGAAAGAGUGACACCUCGUUUAGAUCGUCGUAAACGAGCAAUAUCACGAGAAAAUAUCCUCAAACAAGCUGAGGCAAUAAUGCAAGACUUUGGGCAUUCCAAGGCAUUAUUAGAAAUCCAAUAUGAAAACGAAGUAGGCACAGGGUUAGGUCCUACUUUGGAGUUUUACGCUUUAGUGUCUACUGAAUUACAACGUUGUGAUUUGUGUUUAUGGAAUGACAGUAAUAGUUACAAAUCAUCUCAGCAAAAAAGUUCUAAUAUAGUUACUGACGAUAUACUAAAAACAGAUACACAUAAUGUAUCAUUGAAUUUAAGUACUACAACACAAAAACAAAUAAAAAUGACAAGAAAUCAAGAAACCAACCAAAUAAAUGAUAUAAACCUACACAUGGAAAAUAACACACAAAUGUUUGGACAAAAUGACUCGUUAAAUAUGCUAAUUGAGCAAUCCGAUACAAUUGUUUUACAUUCAAAUGCAGAUAACAGUGUCACUUUCCUAGAUGAAAUUUCAGAAAUCACAUCUUCGAAUAAUAAUAAGUAUGUGAAAGCACCAUUUGGUUUAUUUCCGGCUCCAUUAAGUAAAUCUGCAAAAACAACACAUAUUUCAAGAGUAAAAAACAAAUUUAAAUUUAUGGGAAAAUUUAUGGCAAAAGCAGUGAUGGAUAGCCGUUUGCUGGACUUGCCAUUUUCUAUUCCUUUUUAUCGUUGGCUUUUAACUGAAGAGCACACAUUUGGCCUAGGAGAUCUUCAACAAGUAGCACCAGAAAUUCAGGCGACGCUCUUGAGGCUUAAUGAAAUAGUUAUAAAACGUGAUAUAAUUCAAGACGAUAAUACAUUGGAUGCGAUCGAGAAGAAAGAAAAGAUUGAAAAUCUCGAUUUGGAUGGAUGUUUAAUAGCUGAUCUUGGUUUAGAUUUCGUUUUACCCGGUCAUUCUAACAUAGAAUUGCGCCGAGGUGGGCGAGAUAUUCCAGUUACAAUUCACAAUCUCCAUCAAUACAUUUCAUUGGUAACAUAUUGGUUCCUUAACGAAGGCGUUUCAAAACAAUUUGAAGCAUUAAAAGAAGGGUUUGAUUCGGUUUUUCCCAGUCACCGAUUGCGUAUGUUCUAUCCAGAAGAACUAGAAAAUAUAUUUUGUGGAACUGGAAUGAAUAAUUAUGAAGUGUGGGACCAAAAAAUGUUAGCAGAAUGUUGUCGACCAGAUCACGGUUUCACUCAAGAUUCAAAAACAAUUAAAUACUUUUACGAAAUUCUCAGUACAUACACAAAAGAAGAGCAGCGGUUAUUUUUACAAUUUGUUACAGGAACCCCACGUUUACCUACGGGAGGAUUUAAAGCUUUGACCCCUCCUUUGACUAUUGUUAGAAAAACUAAUGAUGGAAAAAAAAGUCCCGAUGAUUACUUACCUUCAGUUAUGACGUGUGUUAAUUAUUUGAAAUUACCAGAAUAUACAACAAAGGAAAUAAUGCGUCAAAAGCUAAAAUUUGCAGCGAACGAAGGAAGUAUGUGCUUCCAUUUAUCCUAAGAGCAAACAAUAAUUUGAAGGUAAAAUCCUUUAAAAUCCAAAUUGAGUUUUCUAAUGUAAAAUUAAAAUUACUCAGAUAAACCUUUUAUUAAGAAAAAUAAAUACAUAAACAUACAUAAUUAUUAUUUACAUAUAAUAUUAUUUACAAAGAAUAUUGAAGUAUAUAAUAAAAAUCUAAUUGAA